CACCACCACCACCCCAUCCUCCCCCACGUGUGAGGGGUCACGCUCGGUUCGCCGUGCCCUGCGCCCACGGGAUGAGGAGGCUCGGGCUGAGUGGGAGGGGGCUACCCCCCCUCUCCGUCUCACCCGCCCGACUCACCCCCCGACUCGCCUCCUACUCGCUUGGCCUCCUCCCCGCUUCGCUCGCGAGGCGGGAGUGCAGUUCACGUGCGGAGCGUGGCGCGGCGUGCAGGCUGGUCCUGGGCCUGGGGAACCCCGGGAUGCCGGGGACCCGCCACAGCGUGGGGGCCGAGGCCGUGCGGCGUCUCGCCGAGCGGCUGGGCGCAGGCUCCGCGUGGCGAGGGGACCGCGGGGUCGCGGGGAGCCUGGCCGAGGUGGGGCCCGCGUGGGCCGGGGGGCCCCGCCUCGUGUUGCUCGCCUCCAGCCACCCCAUGAACAUCAACGGGCUCAGCGCCGCGCUCGCCGCCAGGAAGUUCUCGGUGCGCGCCCAGGAGGUCAUCCUCCUGCACGACGAUGUGGACAAGCCCCUGGGUCACGUGGCUCUCAAGCACGGGGGCAGUGCCCGGGGACACAAUGGAGUCAAGUCCUGCAUUCACUGCCUGCGGUCUGACGCCAUGGUCCGCUUGCGGAUCGGCGUUGGCCGAGGCGACGUGGCGCGGGGCUCGGCGGCGCUGGUGGCCCACGUGCUGGCGCCGUUCUCAGCCGAGGAAGAGCCGCAGAUCCAACGAGCGCUAGAGCGUGGCAUCGACCUCCUGCUGGCGCACAUGGGUCACACGGGGGGUCACACGGGGGGUCACACGGGGGGUCACACGGGCGAGGAGGCGCCCAGAUGAUGGCCCCCACUGUUCCUUCCUCACUCACCCUUCACUACCAUGGGUGGAGCGACGGCGCAACCGUUAGCACACUCCGCUACUUACCUGGCGAUCCGAGUUCGAUUCCUGGCCACGGCUAACAUUCAAUCCGGUCCAGGGCCUCCCCAGGGUUGCCUCAGCCUUAAAUGAGUAACUGCUGCUGUGUAAACAUUGGUUGUGUUGCUGGCCACUCCACCCUCUCGUGUUGUGCCGGCCUUCAUAGCUGCUCACGAACUGCACUUACCCUAACAGCCCCAUGUCGGCUCCAUGAGGAAUCUUUGCAUGGCUUGUUUACCAUGCGAACAUCGCUCGUGUUUUUCUAGAAUCCAUGAAGUAAUAAAAAGAGUUCUGGAAGA